AUAUAUUUGUAUUUUUAAUAGAUGGCAAAAAGCAUGUCGCCGUUGUUGUCGCUCAUUGUAAUCCUCCUAUCAUCCAUCAUGAUCAAUCAUCUUCCCGUGGCAAGCUUAAAACAAUGGUGUGUAUCAAUGCAGACGGCCAAGGACGAGCAGCUAGAAGAUAACAUCAAUUUUGCAUGCAGUAAUGGGAUUGACUGUAGACCAAUCCUACCAAGUGGAGCAUGUUUUAAGCCCAAUACCACAAUAAGCCAUGCGUCGUAUUUGAUGAACGACUAUUACCAAAGUCAUGGCCGAACCAACGAAGCAUGUUUCUUCUUUUUCCCAAAUAGCGCCAUGCUCACUUCUAGAGACCCUAGUUACAAUCAAUGUAUUUAUAAAUAGGUGAUC